ACCACAUCCCGAAUGGAGAAAUACGUGCGCAUUGGCGAAACGCUGCAAUCGUGUCGGCUCUUUGGACAGCACGAGUUCAUCACACACGAGCGCCUGAGCCCAGCGACUGACUGUGUCCGCCUACUGGACGCGCGCGUCGAAGCUGAGUUCGGCGCUGAGAUGGCUCGGUUGUGGAAUUGUCCUGAUGGCGAGGAGUGGACAACGGAGUGCGCGUGGAAUUUUGAGCUACUCAACAACAGCCUGGAACGCCUGCGGGAUGUGGACACCUUUAUUGUUGUUCCAGAGCACAAGACCCUGGUCGCGAUACGCGCGAGUUUUUGCAGACACAAGGGAAUGGGAGAGGCGUUCCCCGUGGGCGUGCACUACCCCUACCGAGUCAUCCUCCUCGAUGAGAACCUCCAAAAUGCCGGGAACCACCUCAUAUACUAUCCGCGCGUCGCCAGCACCACCGAAACCAACACAGACGGCAGUCCAGUCGUCGCGGCCACCGGGCCGGUCGUGCUUUCAUGGGCCACGUGUAAUGACGCGCACACGUGGCCCGCGUUCCGUUCGCACGUGCACCCGCUCUUCGCCGCGUUCGGCGCCGCGCUGGUCUUGGCGCGCUGCGGAGGCUUAGCGGCGGUUGCAAGCGUGGCGAUGGACGCGGAGUAUGCGGAUUCUCUCGCGGAGCUCGAGGAGGUCUUCGGCGUGUGGGCAGCCGCAGUCGGCUUUGCCCGGCUCGCGCCACUUCUGCGGGAUAAGCCGGUCUUGGGCCUGCAGCUGACGUGA